CAGUGAACAGUCAACGCGUAACUGAAUUCAAAAUAGUAAAUUCGGAAUACCCAUAACUUCAUGACUAUUGUCUUGAUAAGUUGAUGUAAAUAAAUAGUAAUUAUUACCGUCAAUCUUCAUACAUAGUUCAUAAAUUAUAUUAAUUACAGAUCAUUAAUUAUAAAAUCUUUAAUCAUGGAAGUUAGGGAUGUAUGUGCAGAAAUCGAAAAUGAUGCAUUUUACAGUAAAUACCUACAAGAAUCUGUUAAACCUCUGGAUGAAAAUAUAUCGGUGACAGACCAAGUAGCCAAACUAAAUCAAGGUAUCGAAAAGUUGACAAAAAGCCUGGAGACACAGGUACUCGCUAAACACAAUGACCUUUUAACGCAGGCUAGUCACAUUUCUGAUCUAGAAGCAAUGCUUACCUGUGUUAAAACUCAAGAAACGGCUCUUCUUCACGGCGCCGAAGGAAUAGCGGAAAGCGUAUGCGCGUCAUAUGACUCGCUUGAAACUCAAACACUUACUCUUGAAAGAGUACAGAUAACCUGCAACUUACUUCGUCACGCGUCAAAGAUACUAUCUUUGUGGAAUAGCCUCGUCACAGUCCAGGACAACCCUGCUAAAGAAGCGAUGUUACUAUAUGAGCUUAACGAAUUGUUUAGCGACUAUGACUUCGAAGGAAUCAAUUUGUUAGAUGAUGUGUUGAAGCAAGUACGUCAUCAGCGAAAAGAGCUGCUUGAUAAUUCAACUCAAUUAUUACAAACAAGUUUACUUAGUGGAGACAAACCAAAACUUUUGCAAUGUUUUAAAGUCUUUCACACUUUACAAAGCACUGGUGAACAGAUAAAAGAUACAGUUAAAAGUAUUCUUUGUGAUGUCAAGAAAGAGAUUCAUACAGCACUUGAUAUACAAAUGGUAACUAUUGAAGUUAAGAAGACAAGUUCAGGCCGUAUUGCACCUGGAAAAGCUAACAUAAUGAACACCUUAGACUACAAAAUUAAACUUUGGGAAAACAUAGAGAAUCUCUUUAAAGGAGAAAUAUACAACAGUUGCAUGAAGGUUGUGAUGCUGCAAAAUGUUGUGACUGAAUUGCAUGCCAUAGGAAACUACAGCAAUAUUGCAAAAAAUUUUUGGGAUGACCUUUGUUCUAUAUUCAGCAAGGAAUUGGAUAAAAGUCCUUCUAAUGCCAGCCAGUCUAUAGAAAUAGACUAUCCAAAAUUAUUAAAAUGCUUUAAUGAGCUACUUUCAAAACUGAAGUGUAAGAAUCUAGAAAUAAAUAAAUCAUACUUUAAGAAAUGGGAGAAUUCAUUCCUUUCAAAGUCACUUGGGAAGCUCUUGGAACCUGUGCGUAGUAUGUGGCACCUCAACCAGGUGCCCAGUAUGGAUCAAAUAGACAAUGCUGUCAGAGUUGUUACAGAAGCACUCAGUGUAUCACUUGGUGACAAGCAACUUAGUAUUAGUCUUGCUCACAGUGUAGCUAAGAGUAUUAAACAAAUGCAUAUGGAAACAGAACAACGCCUGACAAUGGAUAGUGAUGUUUCACAAAUAAUUGAACCACCAACUAGUGUUCAACAAAAGAAUGCUGACCUAUGCAAUGCAUUAUACUACUUCACUUCACAAAUUAAAAGAGUUCUUGUCAACAUGAGCUCUAUGUUGCCAAAUGAGAGUGUUGAGAUAGUUCAAAAUAGCCUAAAAGAUAUAUCAAGUUUGCCAAUACUUCAGUUAUUUGCUAAGUCAAUUAAGAACUCUGUCUGUAUUAUUCUAAUGACUAUGCAUGAUGAGCCUGAAUUUGUGAAAAAUUAUGAACCAAAUAAAAAUGUAUCUUGUUCACCUUACAUGAAAGAACUACAACAAUUUGUAUCAAGAUGUAAAGACAUAUAUCUGUCUAUGUUUCAUGAUAAAUCAGCUCUUAAUAAAUGUUGUAUUAAUAUUUCUGAAGCAUGCAUUGAGUGUUUUAUCCAACAUGGCUGCAAUCUUCGUCCACUCACACCAUAUGGCCGUGUGAAACUACAAACAGACUGUAGGCAAUUAGAGGUUGCACUUUCUCCUAUAGUUACUGAUAUGAUGGACCUAGGUGAUUAUUAUCGGCAACUGAAAGCACUACAGCUAUUAUUAGAAAAAACACCUCAAGAAAUAGCUAAGAGCCAAUAUGAAGGAGCAUCUUUAUCAUAUUCUCUUGUGAUGAUGUUUCUGUUUUCAUAUGCUGGUCCACAACUUAUGGCACCCCACACAUGUGCGGGUUGGAACAUUGCAAAGCUAAUGCAGUGGUUGGAAUCACACAAAGAUGAGAAAGAUCGACUGGAGUUUGUGGCCGGAGCACUUCAGCGAUAUCAGAAUCACAUAAGACAGAAUCAAAUUGCUGCUUAUGAUGAAGUUUACCCAAUAUUGUUGCAAUUGCUUGAAGAUGGUAGAAAACUUCUAUAAUACAAUAGAUUAUAGAAUGUUAGCUUAUAAAUUAACCAAGUAUAUUAAUAUUAUGAGUCUUAUAUUAAGAUAUCUUGAUGAGUAUUGGCUCAACUGAACCUUACAUACUCCCACAGGAGACAGAAAAUAUAUUCUCAUCCUAAUAUUAAAUACUGCAGAGCUCUAAUCUGUAACAUCUUCAGAUUGUGAACACUGACCAGUGUCCAGUGAAUUUCAUAAGCCUUUAGCCAUUUAUUGUACCUCCUGCAAUAAAUAAUUGUGAGGGUUAUCUUUGGAAAUAGUCAUCAUAAGCUUUUCUAAACAUUCUGGAUCGGUACUUUGAUGACCAAUAAUUUAGUUUUCCACCAACUUAAGUUUAACUCCUAGAACUGUACCUACCAGCAUCAAUUUAAAUUGUUGCGACGGAAUAAUCCUGCUACUAUACAUGAACAAUGUGUACACUGGUGUUUAAUACUGAUGAAAUCUGUUCACAGGCUCAUUCCUACAUGUAGACCACUUUAAGAAUAAUUAAAAUUAUUAAAUAAAAAGAAAGUUAUAGAAUAAAUUUAUUUAUUUAAUAUAUUAUUUAUGUACAUAGAAAUUAUUGUUAUAUCUUAAAUAAAAUAUUGAAGUCA